UGCUGUCAAACCAGUGAAAAUUUUCUACAGGCCUCCCCACGCCCCAUGGGAUCACCCCAUAUGUGCGAGGCUACCCAGCAGCUGGGCGGUUCUCCAGCAUUUCCGGGGCAAAUACAGUCACUGAAGAGUGAGAGGUCCAUAAAGUCAUCUCCUCCCUGAGAGACAAAAUGGCGGCCGAUCAGGUGGCCAAAGGGACUCUCCACUUCUUGGCUGGGCUGGAGCCGAGAGUUAAAAUGGACAAACAGAGCCUGGCAGGACUGGAACCCGGGAUGGUAUCCCAGACAGAAGUUCGCCUCUCUUGUGAUUUCAAAGCCAACCAGCGCUUUCUGAAUUGGGAGGCGCCUCUGCAGCUUAAGGAGGAACCAGGCGAUGAGAGGCGUCGGCUGUAUUCAGACUCUCAGGAGCAGCUCAUUCACCCAGGAUGGGGAAACCCAGACGCCCCAGAGCGUAAUGCUAAGCUUUUCCUGGCCUCCUUGAAAGGAGCAGCUAACACCAGCCAGUGGCCCCAGGCUGUGCAGAGCUGUACUUUACCACAGGAAUAUGGAAAGUUGGAGGCCAGGAAUGGAGAAAGCAAUUGGAAAAUGGGAGAAGAAGUGUUCCUGGGAGAUGAUUUUGCUGCCAAGGAGAGGCAGCGGAAACUCUUCAGGGAAUUCGACUACCAGGAGGCUGGGGACCCCCACAAGGUUUGCAGCCACCUCUGGCAUCUUUGCCACCAGUGGCUGAAGCCAGAGAGACACACCAAGGAGCAGAUGCUGGAGCUGCUGAUCCUGGAGCAGUUUCUGGCUGUCCUGCCCUCAGAGAUGCAGAGCUGGGUCAAAGAUGGCUGCCCGGAGAGCUGCAGCCAUGCGGUGGCCUUGGCGGAGGAUUUUCUGCUGAGGCGACAAGAGGCCGAAAAGCCAAAGCAGCAGGUGCUGACGUUGUUCCAGGACGUGGCUUUGAGUUUCCCUCUGGCAACAGGAACUACGUUUGAUGCCCGACAAAGGCCGCUGGGCGUGGAGGCUAAAGAGGAGAAGGAGGAGGUCCGCACACUGGCAGGUGACGGGUGGGUGAAUGAGAACCAAGGGAGGAAUCUUCUACUGGAAAAUCCUGAUCAAUUGGAGCCUCCGAGCCAAGAAAGUCAGGCUGGAUUGGAGAGGAGCAGGGAAAGCCGUCCAGAAGGGUGCGCGGCCCCUUCCUUUCCUCAAGCGACAGGGAAGGAGGGUCGAGAAAACGCUGCGGCCCAGCAGAGACUCCCGAAAGAUGACAAGCGCCACAAGUGCCCCGUGUGCGGGCGAGGAUUCAGUCGGCCCACGGGCCUCACCGCGCACCAGCGAAUCCACACAGGUGAGAAGCCCUACAAGUGCUUGGAGUGUGGGAAAAGCUUCAGCCUGAAGUCGACCCUCGUGGCCCAUGCGAGGACCCACACGGGCGAGAAGCCGUACACCUGCACGCACUGUGGGAAAAGCUUCACCGUGAGCUCGGACCUCACUAGACACUACAGGACCCACACGGGAGAGAAGCCGUACAAAUGUUCAGAAUGUGGGAAAUGCUUCCGGCAGAACUCCUCGUUCACCAGUCACCUGAGAAUCCACACGGGGGAGAGGCCGUUCGAAUGCUCCCACUGUGGGAAAAGCUUCACCAUGUGCUCAGAUCUCACCAAACACUACAGAACCCACACAGGAGAAAAGCCGUAUAAAUGCUCGGACUGUGGAAGACGGUUCCGCCAACACUCCUCUUUUGCCAAUCACCUGAAAAGCCACCGAGGAGAGCUGCCGUUCAAAUGUUCGUACUGCGGGAAAUCUUUCAGCGUGAGCACGUUCCUGAUUCGACAUGAGAGAAUCCACACAGGAGAAAAGCCAUAUCAGUGCUCGGAUUGCGGGAGAAGCUUUGGACACAAUUCACAACUCAUUUCGCACAGGAGGGUCCACACCGGGGAGAAGCCGUAUAAGUGUCUUGAAUGCGGGAAGACGUUCACUGCCAGCUCUCUCCUUAGAGGACAUCAGAGAAUUCACACGGGAGAAAAACCAUACAGCUGCUCAGAGUGCGGGAAGACAUUCAGUCUGAGGUCGAACUUUCGUAGGCAUCAGAGGACUCAUACGGGAGAAAAGCCGUAUAAAUGCGUGGCCUGUGGGAAAUGCUUCAUUGCCAGUUCAGACCUUCUUGCACACGAGAGAACACAUGGGGGAAAGUAACUGUAGAUAUGCAUGGAGUGCGUGGUUAUUAUUGUUAUUUAUCUAUUCAAUCAUCAGAGAAUGCAAGCAGCAAAAAAUGGCAGAAAUAAGCCAGAUCUGAUGGGCUUCUGUGCAGAGAAUUUGGUGUUCUGUUGAGUUCUUUCCUUUAUCGGAAAGGAACUGAAAAAUUGGCUAUUCAAUUAGGGCUUAGAAAUAA